CUCUGAGUCAAACUGUAGUUUUCAGCUCUGCAUCGUGUCCUCACUCAGUUCAGUCAGGGGUCAAGUGGUGGAUGAUGCCAGUGAUCAGCGAGCCCCGCUGUCCGAUGAGCCCAUCGACUCUUCUGCUCCGCAGAGACACUGAGAAUAUGACCUCUCCGAUUCAUACAGAAUCCAUACGGGCCCCUCUGAGGCCUCCCCAGCAUUGGCCGGAUCGAUCUGCUUUACUCAGGCCUAAUGCGAGUUGCCACCUCGACUGCACCGUCAAUACAACCACACAGAGAUGUAUGAGUGGAGGGCUGAGGACUCGACAUGGGGGGAGCGGAAGUAUCCAUUUCUGCCAUGCCUGCAGCCACUCAUCUGCCCGGUUCUGUCAGAAGCUAUUACACUCAGACACAACACAUGUUACUGAAUAUACUGUAUGAAGAAGUGGCCUAGAAGUCGCCUAAAACCUAACACAAGUGGCUUUCUUUCAGUGUUUCACCAUUCAUUACUCAUUUUUAACAAGUAAAAGGUAAAAGAGUUAUUUGUUUGGACUUGAGUUGGAUAUGUACCCUUUGUAAAGCUAGAUAUGACUUAAGUGUGAAGGGACCGUGUUUAAAGGGAAAUACUGACAAAAGCUUUGGCAAAAAUAUUCCGUUUUUUACCCUGGAUGAGUAGAGAGUAGGUUUUAUUAAAAAUUUUACUCUCUUUUCUGCGUAUUUCUGUGUAGAAAACAGUUUAAGUUUCUCUUUUUUGCCGUAAAUCAAUGCUCACGUCGCGUCCUGGUUACUGCGUUCCCAUGGCAACGAUGGCACCCGCCAACAAAUCCGGAAAAAGGAGAAGUGGGAGAUGUAAAAAUCGGUAAAUAAGUUUAAAUAUGUCCCUUUACAAGUUUGAUUUAUGGGUUUAAAGCGUAACUGUCGAUUAUUCUUCAUUAUGAAGGCCAGUUUAGCAGCUUAACUUCGCUGUAAUGGGUAUUUUUUCAGUCGACUGAAUGUCCGUUUGCCGAAAAACAGCAAAGUUUUAUCUAAAAAUCCGUUUUAAGUCAGUUCAAAUCUUUCUUGUGCCCUUUACUACUGCAAAUUAAUAUCUAAAGUUUCAUACGGUGUGUGUUUUUUGUAGGAAACUCACCCACAGAGCUCCUCCGGACGGACUCACGUCUCCAGACGGUGAUGUCAGUUUGCCAAAGAUGGUGAAUAUCUUUGAGGACAAGCAGGUAAACUCAAAAACACAACAGAGGGGAAAAAAACUAGAAGAAAUACUGCAUGUUGGUUAACUUUUAAGUGUUAAGGACCUUUCUUAAGGUUGCAGUGAAAUAUAGGGGAGAGUGGGGUAAGUUGAGUCACCCCCUGUUGUGGUAUCUAUGAGCUACAUAAAACAUAAAAGUCCGCCAUUUUGUAACAAAGUCAUAAUAGCAGUUCAGGGGUAAAUAAAGGAGUCUGAUGAGACAUGUGUUACUCUUUCUUCUCAAAAAUACAGCUGUGAAUGUUCUGAAUCACUUAAAGACAUUCUCAUGUUAAAAUGGCUUUUUACAAAACAGCUUUUUAGUCGUUAUAUGCAAUAAUAAUAAGAAUUAUUGUACCAGUUGAAUAGCGUCUAAUAGAUAAAAAUACACAUGAAUGUGAAGAAGUGACUGUUAUUUAGGGAGAGAGAAGGUGAGGGAGGGCCGGGGUGGUUUUUUGGCAUGCUAUAUUAUCAAGACAGUAAAGUUUACACUCAUUCUGUUGGUUUGCAGGGAUGCGCAACACCUUGAAAUAUAUGCAGAUACACUUGUUUGAGACAGUUACCAUAAAAUGGCUCAUCUCACCCCACUCUCCCCUAAUGAUAUUUUUAACCCAUUUACGUCAGUGAUUAAGUGUCACAGCAAAGUCUACUCCCUUUGUGAUUUGAAACAUCAAAGUGUUGACUAUGAAAGGUCCCCCAAUGCCCCAUAACUUCACAAAAACAUCACUAAUUCAUCACUGACCACGUCACUGAAAUGAUGCUCUGUGCAUGUGUUUGGGUUUCAUCCUCCAGGGUCCGUCAGGCCUCCACCAGGCCUGCCUUUACGGCCAGCUGGCCGAGAUUCAGCUCCUGCUGGACGCCACACCGGGGAGGAUCAACGCAGGAGAUCAGCACGGCCGCCGGCCUGUCCACAUGGUCCUGUCCUCCCUGAGCUACCCAAACACCACGGCGUGCGUCAGAUACCUCCUGGAGCACGGUGCUGACGUCAACGUGUAAGUCACGUAGUUUCACAGACACAUGGUUGGAGUUGCGGCAGCUUAGUUUGCCGGAUUAUGGGUGUUUUUAUAAAUUCUGUCAGCUGGAUCCAGUGACAUCCAGCUGUUGCGAGCUCAUUUAAAUGACUAAAUAAGCGCUUAGGAGAACAAAAGUGAAAUUAUGAUUGCAAUGAGAUGAUGACGGUUUAAAGCUCCUGCUGCAGGGGAUAAUGACGGCACUGCUGAUGAUGAUUACGACGACAAGAGUAAUGAAGAUGGUGAUAAGGCUGAGAGAACAUUUAAGUACGCUCCGACUGUUACUCCCAGUUCCACAGAUUCAGGCGUGACCCCGCUGCACCUGGCUGCCUCCACGGAUCUCCUGGACUGUGUGGAGAUCCUUGUGCAGGCUGGAGCAGACGUGUCAGCCCGGGACAGCAUGGGAUUCACUCCUUUGGAUUUUGCCCGAAUCUGGUGCUGCAGGGCGGUGGCGAGGUAACGAACCGAAAGAAAAAUACAUACCAGGAUGUUUUUUUUCUUCUUUUUAAAUCAAAGUUCCUCCUUUUUUUUGCAGGUACCUGAAAAGCUGCAUGUGGCAGAAAGAAAAGGACAAAGAAAUGAAGGAGAGGAAGCGGGCUCAAGACUUGUACAAGGAUCUUGUCGCUGGGGUCAGACAGUUUGAUCGCAAAAACAAGGUUAGUUUGUGAAUCUAUGAAAACACUUAAAAGUUUAACAACUACAGCAAGAGGAGAUGGGUUAUGUAGUUUUUAAUCUACCCAAGACACUCAUGAAACUUUCUCUGUGCCCAUUUCUAGACCCUUAUCGAUGAGAAGAUCACAGAGUGGGCCCACAAGAAAGGAUUUCCUCUACUGAAGGAUUUCACCCCCAGAAUCCGGGUCAGCAAAUUCCACACCAAGUGUCUCUCAUCCGAUCAAGACACCUCAAAUCCGACAACAAACAUGGACGCAACUCAAAAUGAAGGGAACAGGCCCAAGAAACCUCCAGCCUCUUGCCACAGGCCUUGGACCAUCUACCAGGGCAACCAGCCUGAGAGACCCCCCAAAGAAGAACCAGACCUUCGGAGCUCCGUCACAGUGUGGAGGGACAGCAACGGGCCGUGUCUCUACUCCACAAAGUGGGACAGCACUCCUCGCCCGGCCCCUGAUCUGCCUCUGGACGUCCUGGAGAGGGUGUUAUUCCCCAAAGCAUUCCCUUCCAGGAUCGCUUCCCCUCGGCACCUUGAGGCCCAGGACAUUACGGGGGUCCAGCACAGAGGGUACCCCCAGGGGUGGAGCACCUCCCCCUGGACAGAGGUGGCCAUGCAUCUGGUUGAGGUGCUGGAGUUUGGACACUACUGAUACUGACAGGAAGGAUGUGGAAAACAUGACUUGAAAAUAAUCCGGAAUUAGUUUGUUCAGGUAUUUUUAGAAAUAUGACGAGGGAGGUGUCUCUAGAUUUGAGGUAUAUUUGGAGUUUUAAUCUCAGAGGGAUAAGAAAAUAUACACAAUUUUACUCUUUCCUGGUCCUGGAAAUCCUCCAUCAGCCAAAAAAAA